CACUCGCCGGAAGUGCCUUUCCAGUAGACCUGGGCUAUUGUUGCGGUUGUUCUCCGCCUCUCCGUGCAACGCUGGCAAGUCUCAAAGUCGCCACAGGUGCAGGUUGGGAUGGGAGGCACCAAGGAUUGGUAGUAAAUUGGAGACGCGGGCACUAUCGGGCAGGGUUUCCCGAAGACACUGGCGUCUAAACCCCGCCUUCCUUUCUCAGAGAAAUGCCCCUGAUUCAGUGCCUCCACUUAGCUGCAACAACACGUUAAUCAGAACUGCCUGGCAUCUUCCUAAACAAGACUUUCAAUAGGGGCCAGUAUGCUUCGCUUCAUCCAGAAGUUUUCUCAAGCAUCUUCAAAGAUGCUGAAGUACUCUUUCCCAGUGGGACUAAGAGCCAGCAGAACAGAUAUACUUUCUCUCAAGAUGUCUCGCCAGCAGAACUUUUCCCCAUUUCCAAGGCCUUGGCUUUCCUCAUCAUUUCCGAUGUAUAUGAGCAAGACACAGUGCUAUCAUACAUCCCCCUGCAGCUUUAAAAAGAAGGAGAAGCAAGCACUUCCAGCCAGGUCACCAAGCACCAUCAGUUACAUAACUGACAGCCCAAAGCCAGCAUUAUAUGUAACUCUGGCAGGACUAAUCCCCUUCGUUGCUCCACCACUGGUCAUGCUGAUGACAAAAACUUAUAUUCCCAUAUUAGCUUUUACUCAGAUGGCUUAUGGAGCCAGUUUCCUAUCUUUCUUGGGUGGGAUCAGAUGGGGUUUUGCUCUACCAGAAGGUAGUCCAGCCAAACCAGACUACCUUAAUUUAGCCAGCAGUAUAGCUCCUCUUUUCUUUUCAUGGUUUGCCUUCCUUAUUUCGGAAAGACUUAGUGAAGCCAUAGUCACAGUAAUAAUGGGUAUGGGGAUAGCAUUACACCAUGAAUUUUUUCUCUUACCACAUUAUCCCAACUGGUUCAAAGCCCUGAGGGUAGUAGUCACUUUAUUGGCUACUUUUUCAUUUAUAAUCACUUUUGUAGUUAAAAGUAUUUUUCCAGAAAAAGGACAUAAGAGACCUGAUCAAGUAUAAAAAAUAUAAAAAUACACUAUAGAUAACAUUAGUAUGCCGGCUACACCUUCUUCUACUUCUGUUUGGCUCUUUUUUCCCACACCAAUGGUCAUUUAUUCUUCAUAGAUUGUUCUUCAUUUCUAGAAGUUGUUAUUUCAUAGUAAUUACUUGA